AUGAGUCCGGAUUUAGCGUUGCACGUUUCACAGGCUGAACGAUUGGAACGAUUGCACACCAUGUCACACUGGUCGUUACCGCUCAUAAGCCUUGUUAUAUGGUGGGGGAUGCUCACUAUCAUGCUUUUAUUUUGGGGGACUGGAAGAGUAGACUACAUGGCUUCAGAUCAACAAACAAGAAUACUAGUGUACGUAUCAACUGUAGGUUCCGAGGGGCUUAAACCACUAUUUGUAUGUGGAAGCUUUUUGAUGGGCAUUCUUGCUCUUAUUUCAACCACAGUCGAGCGCACAGUUCGUCAUCGUGGACGAUUAGUACACACAAAACGAAGUCUUGAGACAACAACAAGCUGGGUGACAAUUACAACAAGUACAAUUGGGCAUGUUAGUUUAUUUUGUGUUGCUGUGUUUGAUUGUCGCGACCAUUAUGAUUUCCAUGUAUUUGCACUGGCCCUUUUUCUUGGGUUUUUGGGUAUUGCAUCUUUUACAAUUGUAAGUGAGUUUUACUUUUUAGAUCCAGAGUAUGAAGCAUUCCGAAGACUUCAGAUUGCUUAUUUUUUGCGGCUACUGUGGUCAGUACUUGAGGUGGGAUUAAUUGUAUCAUUUACAACAUAUGCCCUUUCUGAAAACAGAGCAAGGGGGUGUAUUCUUGAAUGGAUUGUGGCCUACUUGUUUGGAAUCCACUUGAUAUUGUUUUCCUAUGGAAUGUUUCCAAUUGAAAUUGCUCCAGUAACUCUGGCUGAAGAAGAAGCUGGGUAUGCAAUUGAGUGCGUGAUGCUUGGGGUAUUUGGGUGGACCUCAUGGGUACGUGAAUAUCGUGGACACUGUCGAGCAGUAUUAGAUGGUAAUUCUCCUGGAAAUAGCGGGUAUAUUGUGAAAGAAAAGGAAGGUUGUGAUGGAGGUAAUGAUGAAUGCCAGGAAUUAAGAUGUUAUGAAGAGAAGAUGAAGCGGAUCAGCAGUAUGGAUAGUCUUUCACUGAGAAGCUGGGAUGAUUUACAAAUGAAUUGGAAAUAA